AUGUCAUUCCAAAUUCACAUCAUCGCGGACAUCAAACCCACACAAACCGGACCGGAUCCACGUCCUACCACCGAGUCCUGGGAGCAAUACAUGGCGCGUUUAGGUCUUCCAUCCAACGCGAAACCCCUCGAUUUUCCGGAUGAGGCGGCGAAGUAUGAUACUAGUGUGACUGUUGCGGAGGACUAUGCGGCGCAUUUGAAGGCUCGGAGGGAGAUGUUGAGGGAGAGGGCGGCGAGGGCGAGGGAGAGGGCGGUGAGGGAGAAGGAGAAGGAGGAGGAAAGGGAAAGGCUGGAGGCUGAGGCGGAAGAAGCGAGGGUGCGGAGGUAUGAGGAGGAGGAGGAAGAACAGGAAGAAGGGGAUGCUGAGCACACGGGUAAAGAGAGUGGUACUAUUGUCGCGGAUGAGGAACGUAAUGAAGUGUCAAAGCGACGGAAUGUCUUUGAUCUCCUCUCCCACCUCGCCACCCUCACCAACAGCGCCCUCGACGGCAUCGCCGCCGCAAUAUUCACCUACUACACCCACCGCGCCGAUACAGAAGUACCAGAUCUCACCAGAACCAUCUCUUCACUCCAGGCAAAGGACCUAGAACUCCGCCACCAACUCCUACGACACCAAAUCCAAACCGGGCAAACCAUCUCUGAGCUGAGGGCUGAGAAAAUGGAGUUGAGUCAACAGGUUCAGCUGCUACAGACGCAGCUCCAAACACAAGAUUGGACAAGGAUUUCGGAGCUGAGAGAAGAAAUGGAAACGUUGCGGGGGAAACUGAGGGAACGCGAUGGGAAGAUUGUGGGGCUGGAGGAGAAGUAUAAGGAACUCCAGAAACGCGAUAUGCAGAUUGUGGGUCUAGAGGAGAAAUAUAACCGGCUUGAGAGAGAACGGCGCGGAAGGGUUUGGGGUGUGGUACGCAGCGGGCUGUGUGCGGGGAUGUAG